UUUCACAACGUCUCCUAGUAUGAAACCAAAACACAAUCGCAAACCUGCCGCACACGAUGUGAAAGGCGAAAACAAUUAAAAAUUUUAAUCAGUUACUUGAAGUCCACUUGAUGGAUCGGGCUGUGCAUCCUCUAGAACACUUCUGAUAUUUCGAUAACGCCAGUCUGCAGUCGAUAACCUUUGGUUGGUUACGUACACCUAAAUAUUGAUGUUGUCUUGUUACCGGCUUAGUUUUGGUUGUUGCUUUCGUUGAAAAAUGGGUGCUAUGACCGUUGUUCAUGCCGUUUUUGCAGUGCAUUUUUGGUUUGGGUGUUACUACGAUUGGGUACACGUAAGGAUACCCAAAAAUGAGCACAUGGGGAUGGCUUUCAGUUUCGGGAAUACGGAGAAGCUGAAGUUUUUAACUUUCUGGAAUGCGCUCCUGCAAGGAUUGUUCUUCACAAUAUGCCUACUCAACGAUAUCAUAGGAACCAAUGAGCCAAAUCCAAAGAAAACGCCAAUCAUAAGAAAGGUUAAAGAUACGCUGUUCACUGCCUUGGCAUUUCCACUCUCGAUUUUCGUAGGAACGACCUUCUGGGGUAUCUACGCCGUAGAUAGAGAAUUGGUGUUCCCCAAGAUCCUAGACAAGUAUUUUCCAGUAUGGCUGAACCAUGUGAUGCACACCAACAUCAUGAUCUUUGUCUUGAUCGAGAUGGCCAUGAACUUCCGAUCUUAUCCAAAAAGGAAGACUGGCAUCUCCAUAUUGGGGGUCUUCAUGAUGUGCUACUUAAUCUGGAUGCAUGUUAUAUAUCAUUAUUCCGGUGUGUGGGUCUAUCCCAUUUUUGAAGUCCUUAACCUGCCACUGCGAAUAUUGUUUUUCGUAGGGCUUCUAGUCUUAAUAGUAGUUAUGUAUUUAAUAGGGGAAGGAUUGAACAAUAUAUUAUGGUCAAACCAAAUCAAAGCUGUUAAAAGCAACAAGGCGAAGAAAAGACAUUAGACUUGUUAUUGAUACAGAGUAGCUAUUACAUUAUUGAUAAAAUUUUAAUUUUUCAAAA